AAUUCGAUUGUUAGAGUGAGAACCUUAUUCUUGUCACCAGUCUACGAUUGCAAGGAUGUGAAAUUUGAAAGGUUACCUUUCUAUCCUCAAGCGGUAAAAGGGUAUAAAAACGUGCAGGAGAAAUGUAUUGAAAGAAAGAGUGUUAACACUAAACAUGUUCAAUCGUCCAAAAAUAGUUUUGCUGUUCAUUUG